UCCUUCCAGUUUCCUCACAGCCAGUGUGGCUUUCAUUCCCUGUCACUUCAGUGUUGUUUCUCAGCAACGGAGGCGAGGCGAGGCUGCAGCCGCGCUCAGACCCCUCACUGUAACCCGUUUACAGCAGGCGACGUUUAUUCACACUGUGUGCUGUGCUCAGGUCGGCUAGCCCUUCGUUACAGAUAUUUUAGGCACAUUCAGGGAUGGUUCCUCCUCCUCCUGCUGCUGUUGCUGCUGCUGCUGCGCGGAUUCUCAGGCAAUCCCCGUCAUGACCUCACUAACUAACUAACCCGCCCCUCCGAAACGCUGAAUGGAUUUCUCUCUCACAGCCUCGCUUGCCCUGCCGUGGAAGCGCUGUUUAAUAGCAGCUGUCGGUGCACAUUUUUUGACAAUGGGAAUCUGAGUCCGGCUCGUUUUCUUCUCUCGGUUCGGCACUGAAACGACAAACCAAUUCUUCAAAGGAGAAGCGCCGGGCCUAGGUAAUGGGGGGAACUAAGAGCAAGCCCAAAGAACCUGGCCAGCGUUCCCGGAGCCUAGACGGUACCAUAGGCACAGGGAGUGGGGGUGGUAGUGGGGGAGGGCAUCCGCACCAGACCCUCACACCCAGCCGAAGCCCAACAGCAGAUGGCAUGCGAACUGGUGUUCAGGCAAUCCACAACAACGCUGAGCGCGCCCUGUUUGGGGGUGUGGACUCUUCCACCAACAGCAUCACCUCCCCUCACCGCAGCAUACUUGCAGCAGGAGGCGUGACUACAUUUGUGGCUUUGUAUGACUACGAGUCACGCACCGCCUCAGAUUUAUCAUUUAGAAAAGGAGAGCGGCUUCAGAUCGUCAACAACACGAGAAAGCUGAACUGCAGAGAAGGGGAUUGGUGGCUGGCACGCUCACUCACAACAGGAGAAAGUGGCUACAUCCCCAGCAACUACGUUGCUCCCUCAGAUUCCAUCCAGGCUGAAGAUCAUCUCAGAUUGACUCUGGAGAAGAGGUGGUACUUUGGGAAAAUCACUCGCAGAGACUCUGAGCGGUUGUUGCUAAGUCUCGAGAACAGAAGGGGGACUUUCCUAGUUCGUGAGAGUGAGACCACCAAAGGUGCCUACUGUCUGUCUGUGCUGGACUUCGACAACAUGAAAGGGCUGAAUGUAAAACAUUAUAAGAUACGGAAGCUGGACAGCGGUGGCUUCUACAUCACGUCUCGCACACAGUUCAGUAACCUGCAGCAGCUGGUCAGCCACUACCGUAAGCAUGCUGAUGGUUUGUGCCACUGUCUGACGGAUGUGUGUCCGGUGCUCAAGCCACAGACUCAGGGUUUGGCUAGGGAUGCCUGGGAGAUCCCUCGUGAAUCUUUACGUCUAGACAUUAAACUGGGACAGGGCUGCUUCGGAGAAGUCUGGAUGGGUACAUGGAACGGGACAACACGUGUGGCCAUAAAGACUCUGAAGCCAGGCACCAUGUCUCCAGAAGCCUUUCUACAGGAAGCUCAGGUCAUGAAGAAGCUGCGGCAUGAGAAGCUGGUGCAGCUGUACGCCGUGGUGUCUGAGGAGCCCAUCUAUAUUGUGACGGAGUACAUGGGGCAAGGAAGUCUACUUGACUUUUUAAAAGGGGACAUGGGGAAGAUUCUGCGGUUGCCCCAGCUUGUAGACAUGGCCUCCCAGAUUGCGUCUGGCAUGGCAUACGUGGAGAGAAUGAACUAUGUGCACAGAGACCUCAGAGCUGCCAACAUCCUGGUGGGAGAUAAUCUGGUGUGUAAAGUGGCAGACUUUGGCCUUGCUCGCCUCAUAGAGGACAACGAAUACACAGCCAGACAGGGAGCAAAGUUUCCUAUAAAGUGGACUGCACCAGAGGCUGCCCUGUACGGCCGCUUCACCAUCAAAUCUGAUGUUUGGUCGUUUGGGGUUUUAUUGACUGAACUGGCAACUAAAGGCAGGGUGCCAUAUCCAGGGAUGGUGAACCGGGAGGUGCUGGACCAGGUGGAGCGUGGCUACAGGAUGCCCUGCCCAGCUGAAUGCCCUGAAUCCUUGCAUGAGCUUAUGCUGAGCUGUUGGAGGAAGGAGCCUGAGGAGCGGCCCACGUUUGAAUACCUGCAGGGCUUCCUUGAGGACUACUUCACCUCCACUGAGCCACAAUACCAGCCAGGGGAGAACCUGUAGAAAAUGCCCUGUAGAGCAGCUUUGGAGAGAGGCUUAGAUGAGACUGUGCUGCACUGUGCUCCUUAGAAAGAGUGUGAGUGUAAAGUGACAGCUAACUUGCACAAUGAAAGGAGAAAGCAAAUGCCUCUUUUUGUACUAGCCACAAAAACUGGUGCUAGAGAAUACCUCUUAAACUCCUACAACAGAACAUAAAUGGAUGGAGCUCCUAGAGGUAUUGUUUGAACUACUCAUUUUCUCCAGCUCUUUUUUUAUAGGUCAGUAACGAUCGAUCUUUAGCUGCUUUUCUGACCUCAUUGUGUUUCCACCUCGCCUUUCUUAAGCUCCUUUAGAGGAUGCUCCAGAUCUGUCACUCAUCCUCAGUAACACCCUCCCCCCCCAUCCUUUGCUCCAGUCUUCUUCCGAGUCCUCCCCCUCCCCCUGAUUUGCCCCAGUUGCACCCAGGCUCCAGAAGAUAGGGAUAUGCCUGGAGUUCUCCACAGAGGCCUAGAAACCUAUGGUUCUCUUCAAGAAAAAGCUGGUGGAUGAGACUUGAUUGUCACCAUCAGACACUCAGAGGACAUGAUUUUGAGGGAAAAUGUUUUGAUUUGGUCAGACUUUGGUGUGUAGUCCUUUUCCUGUCGAGCAACUUCUUACUGUCUUCCAGUGUCCAUCCAAGACCAGACGUAUCUUCUCCUGAAGAUGGUGUUCCAUAGUUUCUUUUCUUAAACCUGGAUCAGCUGGAGAACAGUUUAAAUAUGGAUCUUUUUUUUUCUAUUUAUUUAGAAAUUAUAUUACACCAUGCUCGCUUCAUGCUAACAAAGUCUUAAGGCAGAUCGGACACAGUCAUGUGACUUCACCAAACUGAGCAUCCUAGUCAAACUGUCAAAGACCAAACUCAUGAAAAAUAUACCAUUCAGCCACAAUUUUUCAUUCAAAUUUUAUUAUAUUACAUGACUUUUUGUGAUAUGACCCAAAACAACUACUGAUAAAGUCUCUUGUAAACACAGAGACAGCUGUAUAGUCUUGUGAUUAUGUGCCAAUGGGGGGAGGUUUUGUACUGUUUUAUUAUAUAAAAAUGUAUUUUUAUUAAUGUUAUCUUUUGGUAUCAUCACAAAAAAAAAAUGAAUGGUUGAGCUUUGCAGUCAGAUUUGAUUUGUGAGAUUUGAGCAUCAGCCUAAAUCAUUUGAACGAACUCCUCUAAUCUCCAAAUGAUUUUGCUGUGGGCAUUCUUCUUUUAGUGUUGAUCAUUUUCGGUGUUUAGGAAGAUCCCUUGUCUCGAGCCUGCAAUUUCAAGAACCAGUCGAUAUUUUAACCUAACCUUGUGUUUUCACCUAGUACCAUCAUGCGCUAUGCUGCUCUGCCAUUGAAAACCUUUUAUGAAUGCUUUGCAAAGGCAAGAAAGGGCAACUAGUAUCAAACAUGUGGCUGGAUCUCAUCAUAUCGCUGCUGUCGGAACAAAACCUUGUAUCUCCAAAAUGGCAACUUUACAGGAGAAGGAAAAAACAUUUCAAGUCAAUGGAACCAGACCAGUCAUUUCUAGCCAUUUAUUUUGGUCAAUCCUUCAUGAAAUGAAAGUCCAGCAUGCAGUUUCAAAAAUUGAAAAUUGACAAAAAUGGAGAUACAAGGCUUUGGUCCAACAACAGCAUUAUAUAGGCUUAAAACAUAGGAAAUGUUUUGUUGGGUGCUGUUUAUCCCUCAUCCUGAAGUCUUUGAUCAAGGCACAUUCUGUCUGGUUUGCUGCAAAAGGUGAAUUACUGUAAACCUGCUGAGACAAUAUAGAGUUAAAAGGUAGGAACUGUAGGAUAUUUUAAUGAGUAAUGAUGGUCACUGGAACUGUGAAUAGUAGAUGAAUCAACAUAAACAGGUGCUCUCUGAUGCACUGAUGUCUCUAACAGCCUGCCUUUACUUUAGAGUGGGACUGUUGCGAGUAGAUGAGAUGUCCCAUGACACACUGGUCAGUUAUGGCUGUAAAUACCGUUCUUUGGUCAUGCUUAAUGUAAAUAUUCUAUUUAUUCAUAUUGUUUAGUUAUAAUCAUCUGGAUUGUUCUUAAACAAAUUUGGAGGGGUCUUCCACACAGUUUAUUUGCAUUGCAUUGCUGUCUCAAGAAAAACUUUUUUCCCUCUUUUUGUGAACGUACCUGGAAAUAAUUUGAAAAUGACACCUGCCCUUGCGACGAUCAGGCCAAUAGAAGUUUUGAAAAGCAAUCCUCCAAACGUCACUCCUUACAUUAUCAUACAUUAAGUAAAGAAUGUGUUUUUCUUCUCUUGUAAAUGUAUCAUUUUAGAAAUACAAGGUUUUUCUUAUGAUAGCGAUGAUGAGAAAUCAUUUGAGUGUAGGGAUGGAAGGCAUGUGGAACAAAAUCUAAUUGAGUAUAAAUAUUCAGUUUCCAUUUCUCCCACAACUGUCAAUUCACUCACAAAAGUGGUUUCAGGCCUGCCUGAUUUCUAUUAGCUACAACAUAGUGCAGCUUAGUAGUGUCACAUUUAAAACGAAAAACCUAACAUUACAGUGCUGCACAGAAGUAUUUAAAGGGCCCAUAUCAUGGAGAAUAGAUCCCUUUUUAAAAAAUAAAGCUGUUAAAAUACUGUUUCAAAAUUGCUCUUUUUGUGGUGUUACACAAAACAACUUAGUUGCAUAUGUCCACCUGUUUAGCCAUAGCAUUUCACGCUGAAAUUCCGGUGAGUACAGCCUGGACUGUUUUUUUGAAUGAUGCAAAAUACAGGGAAGCAAAUAAUAAGAGAUUAUUUACAUAUAUCAGUCUUAAAGGCACAGUAACAAAAUGAGCCUGUUUCAUUUGAAUGGAUACUGUAAAAGGAGGUCACAAAAUGGUCAUGUAAUUUUUUUUGUAAUAUUUAUCUGUAUAAUUUGAAUAUAUUCUUAUAUUAAUGUUUUUUCCAAGGGUAAAUUCUUACAGUCCACAUUUUUUGAUUGUCUUUUGCAUUGCACUUUCUGUAGUGAAUCUAAGUGAAGUGCAUUACAAUUUCUCAUUAAGUUGAAUAAGAUUUUUUCUAACGUUCUAUAAAAUUUAGCCAACUGUUGCUAUAAAACUACACAUUCAUGGAGGAAGUAUGAAUUGAUCAAUUUUACUCUGUAGCUCUAUUUUUUACUGAAUUUCUUAAACGGCACUGGCAUUGAAAUUGAACCAUGAGAAGAUGCUAAUAUAUGCAUUCCAGAUGUACCAAGUUAUUUGACAGUAGCUGAUAUUACUUGUAUCGUAUGGCUAGCCACUCUCCAAUACAGCCUUUUUACUAAUUAACUAUAUUCGUGCAUUAAUGGCCAUUGUUCAUGUACAUAUGAUCCUUUACUACCACUAUUUUGUCUAAAUUAAUUUUUUUAAACGGUGGGUGUUGUUUGGGUUUGGCUCUUGUGGAUUCCUGCUAAACAUUCGCACGUAAGUGCUCUAUUUUCUCGCAAUAAAACAGCCGAAGGUAUUGAUCACGUAGUUUUGCACCGUAUGUGUUGCUGUGGAUUAUGGUCUCUCUCCUGGAGGGCAGAUGUACUGUAGACAUUAUUAGGUUAGAAACUGUGGUUUGAUUUAAGGUGGAAAUAAUGACUUAAGUGACAUGCUUGUUUAUGAUAAGGAACUGGAAAACAGCAUUUUUUAUUACAGUGUGCUAUCGUUGUACCAAAUAAGUCACAUUCCUUCCCCCUUUUAAAUUUAUUGACACCUUUAGUAUACUCAGCCUAUGCAGGUUUUUUCUCAUUAUAAAGUCUUUGCUUUUCUUUUAUACUCAAUUUUCUCUUGCUUACAGUAUAUUGUACAGUUCUGCUAUGUUAUGACAUGUUUCAAAUGUAGAAGAGAACUUUGCAAUGAGAGUUGUAUACUUAAAAAAAAAUCUGAUACAUUGUUAUCUUUUGUAAGUGCAAUAAACUACAUUUCUAAA